UAUUCCCCAUAAACUGUUUUAUCAUUUACCAUCUGACAUGCGGAACUUCUCUUUCGUCUCUCUCUCACACGCGUAGGUUUCAGUCGACUAUCAAAUUCUGUCGCUUGUUUUCAUAUCUGCGAAGCAUUGGGGAGGAGUUCCAUAGCGCUAGCCAAAUCGCGAAACUUUGGUUGAGGUAUGUCAUCCAAAAAGAAGAAUUAUAAGGAGAAGCUCAUCCGUCGAAAAGAAGAAAAGCAAGAUGAACCUGAAGUACCAAAAUACCGAGAUCGUGCAAAGGAGCGCAGAGAAGACCAGAAUCCAGACUAUGAACCAACUGAACUUGGGUCUUUUCAUGCAGUUGCACCACCAGGAACAGUUGACCUUAGGAGUGCUGAUGCACAUAAGAUAUCAAUUGAGAACAGUAAAUACCUUGGAGGGGAUGUGGAGCACACACAUUUGGUUAAAGGCUUGGAUUAUGCAUUACUUCACAAGAUUAGGAGUGAAAUUGAUAAGAAACCUGAGGUUGCAGGUGAAGAAGAUGGAAAGUCUAGAGGUUCUAAAGAAGAUCAGCCAUUGUCGUUCCGCAGUGCUACAACAAAGACAGUGUAUCAAUGGAUUGUCAGACCGCAAAGUGCCAUAAAGGCUAAUGAAAUGUUCCUUCCUGGCCGGAUGUCAUUUGUCUUCAGCAUUGAGGAUAAAUUUUCUCCUGAUAUUCCUACCACAUUGCAUCGAAGCAAAGAUGACUGUCCAGUUCCACAGGAAAUGGUUACCGUGAGUGUGGAUGGUUCUGUACUUGAGCGUAUUGCUAAGAUAAUGUCUUACCUUCGUCUGGGAUCUUCUGGAAAGGUUCUGAAAAAAAAGAAAAAAGAGAAGGAUAGAACAGAACUGAAAGCAAAAAUUGGUGCUGCUGUCAAUGAAGAUGAAGAAAAUGAGAAUGCAUUGCAUCAUGAAAAUGGGGUUUCAGCACAUAAAGCUGAAAGAGAAGUGUUGCCACCACCUCCACCUCCACGUAAGAACCAUGCAAGUUCUGGAGAUAUACAAACUAUAGUUGUUAGUAGAGUUGAAGAGGAUGAUAUUUUCGUGGGGGAUGGUGUCAAUUAUGCAAUACCUGGAAAAGACACUGGUGCUAGCCCUAUUUCUGAGGACAUGGAAGAGUCACCUCGUAAUCGGGAAAGGCCAUCCUACUUUUCUCAGCCCGAAUAUGGUCCUGUUCCGCCUGAGCCGAUCCAAGAUUGGCAACAAAUGAAUGGUUAUGGUGCUGUCUCUGGGCCAGCACUAGCUUCUGGUUACCAGGGUGAGUGGCAAGAUUAUCAGUAUGCAGAACAGAUGGCUUAUCCAGACCAUUAUGUGCAGCAGCCGUUGCCAAGCUAUGAUACACAGGCAUCUGCAGUUGUAAAUCAGGAUCCUCAAUUUAUGACACAAGAGGAGAAAGAUCGUGGCCUAGGUUCUGUCUUUAAACGUGAUGACCGGAGGCUCCAGCAGCUAAGGGAAAAGGAUGCUCGAGAGAAGGAUCCAAAUUUCAUAUCAGAAAGCUAUUCAGAAUGCUAUCCUGGUUAUCAAGAGUAUAACCAUGAAAUUGUUGACAGUGAUGAUGAAGCUGAUUUAACUAAAAUGGAUAUGGGUGGAAGGGCCAAAGGACGGCUUCACCGUUGGGAUUUUGAGACGGAGGAAGAGUGGGCUACUUACAACGAGCAAAAGGAGGCAAUGCCUAAAGCGGCUUUCCAGUUUGGGGUGAAGAUGCAGGAUGGUCGGAAGACCAGAAAGCAGAACAAAGAACAAAAGCUGACCAAUGAGCUGCACAAGAUUAACAAACUACUAGCAAAAAAGAUGGCCGAAAAAGGUGGGACUUAUGAUGAUGGGGAGCAGCAUUAUGAUGACGUACGAACGUCAAAAAAGCUUCGAAUAUGAAUUGGAAACGGAGCUGGUUGUCUGUUACUAUGUGUAUCACAGUCGUAUUCUUGUUUAAUCUGCAUUCCACCUUUGAUCCUUCAGUCUAUAGGCGAAGAUGGCAUUUCUAUUGUGCUCA